GACCCAGGGGAAUCCACAGAAGAUCCUCUCAUGCAUUCAAUAUGAGGAGUUCCUCCCCUCGCUGGUCAGGGAUUCUCAAGUGUCCUAGUAACAAAGCUGCCUCCCUCUCUCUUUGGGGCAGCUGCUUUCCUAGGUCCCUCUCAUUCUUCUUGCUUUUCUAGUCCUCUACUGUCCCCCUCUCUUCCUUCCUAAUGAAAUGGCCAGGGACUAAGGCUGCAGCAUGAAUGACCACUACCACAGGGCGGCCAGGGAUGGCUAUCUGGAUUUGCUAAAAGAAGCCACCAAGAAGGAACUGAACUCCCCCGAUGAGGAUGGCAUGACCCCAACCCUAUGGGCUGCCUACCAUGGCAACCUGGACGCAUUGAGGCUAAUAGUUAGCCGAGGGGGUGACCCAGACAAAUGUGAUAUCUGGGGGAACACGCCUCUCCAUCUGGCAGCAGCCAAUGGCCAUCUGAAUUGUUUGUCCUUCCUGGUGUCUUUUGGGGCCAAUAUUUGGUGUCUGGACAAUGACUACCAUACACCGCUGGACAUGGCAGCCAUGAAGGGCCACAUGGAGUGUGUGCGUUACUUGGAUUCCAUAGCUGCCAAGCAGAGCAGCCUCAACCCCAAAUUGGUGGGCAAGCUGAAGGAUAAGGCCUUCAAAGAUGCAGAAAAGCGCAUUAAGGACUGUGUGAAGAUGCAGAAGAAGCACCAUGAAAGGAUGGAGAAGAGGUACAAGAAGGAGAUGUCUGACUACUCGGACACCAUGAGCUUCUCCAGCUACUCCAGCAGCACUUUGAGCAGGAGGUUCCAAAACAUGUCUAUGAUGACUUCCUUGCCAUAUUCUCAGGCCACCAUUCAUGGCACCGCCAAGGGCAAGACCAAGAUUCAGAAAAAGCUGGAAAAGAAGAAGCAAGUGGAUGGGACUUUCAAAAUCUAUGAGGAUGGGAGGAAAAGUGUGAGGUCCCUGUCUGGCUUACAGCUGGGCAAUGAUGUUAUGUUUGUGAAACAAGGCACGUAUGCUAGUCCAAAAGAGUGGACCCGGCGCAACAUUCGCGAUAUGUUUCUGACUGAUGAAGACACCAUCUCCCGUGCCAUAAGUGAUCCAGGUUUGCACAUGGACUCAGCCCAUUCUGAAGUCAGCACUGAUUCUGGUCAUGAUUCUUUAUUCAAUCGCCCUGGGCUUGGCACCAUGGUUUUCCGUAGGAACUAUGUCAGCGGUGGACUUUUUGGGAUCGGGCAGGAUGAUCCCAUGCUGGGGGAGGGUAACAUGGAUAGGAUGGGUAUUAAACUUCACAGCCACCUGCAGCGCUCGCCAAGUCUCAACGACAGCAUCGGCAGUGCCAACAGCCUGCAGGAGAGGAAUGUGGAGGAACUGCCAUGGGAUGAGAUGGAACUGGGCCUGGAUGAUGAUAUUGAACCUGAAACCAGCCCCUUGGAGACCUUCCUGGCAUCCUUGCAUAUGUUUGAGUUCAUCUCUAUCCUUAAGAAGGAGAAGAUCGAUCUGGAAGCUCUUAUGUUGUGUUCGGACAAUGAUCUGAAAAGCAUCAACAUUCCACUGGGGCCCAGGAAAAAGAUUCUGGAUGCCUGCCAGAGGAGGAAACAGACUUUGGAGAACCCCAAUAUCAUAGAAGACACUGACUUGUAAGCAACAGAGCCCUAGCUUCAUACUCAUGGAUACGCAUGGGUCUUCAACACGUGACGAGCCUAACUUAGAAGGGCCCUUCUUAUGUAUACAUCACGUUAUGUAUUUGAAGAAUAAGCACUUGUACCUCAGUAGA